AUGGAUCAAGAAAUGGUUGCUCUCUUCCCCGGCGGCCUGCGUGUGAUGCUUAUCGGCGACGACGCCAAGGCCGUCAGGAGCGCGAUUGCGGCGAUGUCGUCCACCGGCCUGCGCUGCCGAGUGGUGGCUUCGUACGCAACAGCAAGUGCCGGUCUACGUGCACUGUCCAGCAACAACGUGGCAGACGUCCAAGCUGUCCUCUGCGACGUGCACAAGGUGGUCUCCUCCGGCUUCGACUUCCGCCUCGUCGUCGAGACCGAGCUCCACAUCCCGGUCAUCUACAUCUUGUCGACGAAGGACACGGUCGCCGGCGAGGACGAGGAGUUUCUGAACCUCCUCCUGGACACGGCCACCUACGUCGUCAGGAAGCCGCUCAGCUCCGACGUGAUGGCCCAUGUGUGGAGGGUGGUGGCUUGGCGCAGGAGCUGCCUAGAAGAUAGAAUUCCGAGCGGCGGCGUCGCCAACGUAGACGCUCUUGCCGGCGCUCAUAACGAAGAUGGUGAUAACGACGAUGGUGUUGUUAUCGUUGAUGAGCAGCCACAGGUCCACUACAAGACGGUGAGGCCCGGCGGCAGCCGAAAGAGGCAGCUGACCAUCAUCGACGUCGACGGCAACAAUGGCAGCAACGCCAACUGCAGCGGCGAAGCAGGUGCCAAGUCAACCAAUAUCCUGGAGAAGGUGAACGAGAAUGGGCUGUCAAGGCAGCAUGGAUCUAGCCACUUACAGGAAUACCGCGAGAAGCAACAAAAGGAGGUCCACGCCGACGAUCGCCGCCUCCUCCAGCCGGCCGACUCCCCGUUCCUCAAAGCCAUCCUUCCAAGCCUCAAUCUCUCGCCGCUCAACCCUCCUCCAGCAGGGCUAAGCAGCGUAGCCGGCAGCGGCAGCAGCACCGCCGCACCAUUCCAGCAGUUUCAGCAACCCGCCGACAACGCGGUGAUCUCCUUCGUAAACAAUGCUGCACCAGUCGCAGUGAAGGCGCCGCCGGCGGCCUUCGCUGGCAGCGGCGCAGCUGCACCAUUUCAAGUUCCGGCGUACCAGCAGCUGCAGCAACCCUUCGGCAGCAACGGCAAUGCGGUUAUCUCCUUCAACAACAUUGCUCCGGCGGUGUCCGCGCCGGCGCCGGCGAGGGCACAGCAGCCGCCGAGCGGUGUCCAGCUGGGUGCUCCCCCGCAGAAGCUGUUCAUGGGGCCCUUCUCCUACCAGGGUCCUACACCACCGACCCUGCACAACCAUAUCGACUUGCUGCAUGCGUUCCCGCCGCGGGUCACGACGGCCAUGGAUAAAGGUAAGGCCCCCUUGAUCGAGCUUCCCUUUGGGCAGCCCGUCGAUGAUCUCCUUGACGGAGAAACCGCAUACUACGGCGGUGCCGCACCAUCCAUCGGAGCCCCUAGAGCAGCAGGUGUGCCGCAGAACAACGCCGCCGCUGGCUCUUCUUUCAUGGCUCCACCAAUGCAGCCCGUGUUUAGCAUCACCAGCCCAAUCAUGGCGACCCAGGCCGGCGAGGGCGGCAGCGCUGCCGUCGUCGUCGAACCAGAGGAGAACGCGGCGGCCACGGCGGAAGCAGCAGCACCAAACAGCGUCGUCGAGCCAUUCGUCGUGCUGCCUGAUCCGGUUGAUCCGUUUGCUCCGCUAGAUGGUGAAGACGACAUCAUCAUGUUCUCGCUGGAAUCUCUCCUGGGGCUGGGGCUCGAUGAUGAUGCGACGAUGCUGCCUCUGGAGGACGCCGGUGCAGCUACCGGCGAUGCAGCCGGCGGCUCACUGGACGGAGAGGAGGGCGGCUGGGACCUGGACCUGGACGACAUCCUCAUGAACAACAAGAAUGAUUUCGAGUUCGCCUUCCUUGAAGACAUGGACGGUAGCGAGUGAUUUGGUAGUCUUGCGGACGGCUAAUAAAUUAGCUCUAGUUAAGCUAGAGAUUGGAGAGUAAGGGAUGUGAACUCUC